ACGACUCUCUUCUCAACUCAACAACAGUUCAAUUCGAAAGCAAACAUGGCGCUCGAUUUUGCAGCCACUUACAAAGUUCUUGUGUUAGGUGAUUCGAACGUUGGGAAAACUUGCAUCGUGCACCGCUAUUGUGACGAACGUUAUUACGAUACUUAUAUAUCAACGAUAGGGAUACUGCUGGUCAAGAGCGAUUUAGAGCGCUGACAACAGCUUAUUAUCGCGGUGCUAUGGGUAUUCUUCUGAUGUAUGACGUCACUAGCUUAGAAAGUUUUAAUCAUUUAUCUUACUGGCUACGAAAUAUUCAAGAAAAUGCCUCACCGGAUGUGGUGAAGGUAGUCGCAGCCAACAAAUGUGACGUUACCGCGCACAGAGCUGUCGAUGCAGAAAGGGGGCAGAAAAUAGCUGAGAAUUUUGAUAUGCCUUUCUUCGAAGUAUCUUGUAAGGAAAACAUAAACAUCGAGGAAGCUUUCCUCACUUUAGCUAGAAGAAUACGAGAACAACGAGGACGUCGGGCCAGUCUGUUCGAAGCUUCCGAAAGGGAAGGAGCCAACAACAUAGUUAUGACUGAAGAACCGUCUCACGUCUCGGUCUCGGUUUCCGUCACCUCUGGCGAGGCUUGGAGGUGCACAUAUACAAGGUUGUGAUAUUCAUGCGUUAGAAAAUUCAUGCUACUGUUAGAAUAAUAAUAAAAAAAAGGAAAAAUGGAGGCAAUUGUAGAAUAUAACUAUGAAGCACAAGAACCUGAUGAAUUAACUUUAAAGAAAGGAGACAUCAUUACUGAAAUUAAAGUAAUGUUAGGUGGCUGGUGGGAAGGUACUUUAAGAGAUAAACGUGGCAUGUUUCCUGAUAAUUUUGUCAAGGUAUUAGAACCCCUAUCAAGUGGAACUGUCGGAAGUACAGGAAGUGGAGGAAGUGAAGGAACUAGUAGUGCUAAAUCUGAAGAUGUUUCCCUAAAAAAUGGAGGAUCUAAAAAAAGAUUUUGUAAAGUGCUUUUUAAUUAUGAACCAUGUAAUAAAGAUGAAUUAACUUUAAUACCCCAAGAUUCUAUAGAAUUUUUGGGUGAAGUAGAAGAGGGAUGGUGGAGAGGUAGACUUAAAGGCAGAAUUGGUGUUUUUCCAUCAAAUUUUGUUUCUCCUCCAGUUUAUGAAGAAUCUGAUAAACACAAAGAUCAAGAGAGCAAGAAACUAUGUAAAGUACUUUUUCCAUAUGAAGCUGCUAAUAUUGAUGAAUUGACAUUAAAUGAAGGAGAUAUAAUAACUCUUCUAUCUACGAAUGCAUCUGACAAGGGUUGGUGGAUAGGAGAAUUAAAUGGUCAAGUAGGUUUGUUUCCUGAUAAUUUUGUUGAAGUAUUAAAUAUUCCACCUGAUCAGCAAGAUCAUGAACAGAAACUUAAACCACCUGUGAAAUCUGUAAAAUAUUCUCAUCUAAUAAAGAAAAAUGGAAAAAUACAUACUAAAAAAAGUUUGGAUGUAAAAGACGUACAUGCAGAUACAACUAAGAAAACCAUAUCAACAGCAGCACCUUCUGCAACAACUUCUUCAGGCGUUGGAGGAAGUAGUGCAGAAAGGAAAAGUAUAAGUGGACAUCCUAUUCCAUCGAAUUUAAAACGUCUUGUAGGUGAUAUGGGAUCUAAUAAUGGUAAUGGAAAUACCAAUAUAGCUCUAGGUGAAGAAUUGGAUGGUGUGGAGCGAGGAGAAGGAGCACCCCUUUCGCAUUUAACAGCUUCUCGAGUUAAAGCACCCAACCGACGACCACCUUCGUCACAACGAUUAAGACGCCACGUUAUUACAAGCAAUACAAUAUCUGAAGAUAAUUUAUCAAAUGGCAAUGCAGACACAAUAUUAGAACAAUUACGAGAUGAAGAACCUGAAGGAUUGGCUGCAAAAGCAAGAAGAAAAGCACCUUGGAGUAUUAACAACGACAAAUGUUGCCGAUUGUAUUAAUAAAUUAGAAACGGAAAGUGAAGAAAGUAAACAGAAAGAUAAAGGUCAGAAAUGUGACACAUCUCCACAUUUUGAACAAGUCUCAUCUACUCCCGGAACUCCUCCUACUUAUGUUCCAUUUGCACUUUACAAUCAACUAUUAGAAAGGGUUGUUGCCUUAGAAGAGAAACAAGCAAAGUUGUUGCAAACAAUGGGACAAAUUUUGGAACAAGUUCAACCUCUUGCAUCUUCAACGUUUACAAUCAACACCCCAGAUUAAUCAACAUAAAUUCUACAGUAUGUUUUUUCAUGUAAAAUGCUGCUAUUUCAAUUUCAUUUUCCAUUACAAAUAGCGUGGAAUAAUAGUUCAUAAUUAUUAUAUAAUUUUUAUAUUUAUUUAGUUUAGUAGCGGAAUUUUUAAUUUCUUUCGCUAAUGUGGUAAUAGUAUUUAUUUAAUUUUAAUGAGAAAAAUUUUUCAUAUAUCAUUCCUUACUUAAAAACGUAAGUCCUUAUUUUUUUGAUUUAUGACAGUUUAUCUUAUUUUAUUAUAAGUACUUUAUUUAGUACUUUCCUGUUACUUUUAAGAUAUACGUUUUCUAAAUUUUUCUAUUUUUACUAAAAAAUUAUUAGUUCAUUACUUAAUUAAAGUAAAUCUAUGACAUAUUUUAAUAAUGAAUACCUGAUAUAUACGUAUAUAGAGAUUUAUUUUAAAACAUGUCCAACACAUCUUAAAAAUUAAUAUAUCAUUUUGAUAUAUUUCCUUAAACUGCAUUUCAAAAAUAUAGGAAUAUAUUUGUACUUAAAUUACUAAAUCAGUGAAGACUAUGCAUUUUAUAUUUUUGUUGAAAAGCUGCCUCGCAUUUACAACGUACUAAUUAUUUUUAAGUUCAUUAAAUAACUCAAGUGCCAAUAUAUUUAAUUUUCUCUUGCAUAAUUUUAUAACUUUACUAUAAAAACGUUAAUAUUAUUUAGUUUCAAGAAAUAACAUUUUAAUAAAGUAUUAAAUGUACCUAUUUAACAUGAAAUAAGUUUAAUAUAACUUGAAAUGGUGCUAAGUAACAUGAUAAAAUACUUGUGAUAUUUUACAUCACAUAAUGAGGCAGCAAACUAUGAAUAAUAAUUUUUAUCCUAAAUAAAAUAGUGUGACAAGAUACAUUUAAAAAAUUACAUAUUAAUAACUUUGUUCCAUAUAAUCACAAAACUGUUGAAUAUUUCAAAUCUUUUUAUUUUUUUAAAUAAACGAAAUUUUAAGUAUAGAAUGAUUAUAUAAUGAGAUGAUUAAAGAUAUAUGAAAUAAAUACAAGCAAAACAAUAUUUAAUUUUUUACAUCAAUUUGACGAAAUAUAUUUAAUCUUUUAUCUAAAAAAAAAAGUAGCAGGCUUCCUCGAAUUAUAAUCGUAUUAUUUCAGAUUAUAUGUUAGCUAAUGUGUAAAUAUCACCCAAUAUCAUAAAUGAGUUGAAGUAAAUUCUUAUAAAUUUGCAAUUUAGCUAUACUACAUAUAUCACCUAAAAAAUUCUAGUCUGAAACAAACAGAUUGCAGUGAUUAUAGGAUUAAAGUGCCAGGGCCAAUGAAACUAACACUGUCACUAUAAAUGUCAUUGUUAAUAAGUAUAUCUUUCAAAAAGUAAUGAUUUCAUUUUACGUACUAAUUUUUGUUGUUUUAUAAAUUUUGUUUUUUCAUAUUAAAAUAUUUAUAUAAAAUUUAAAUAAAUUUCUUGUAAAUAGAUAUAUUUUAAUUUAAUAAAAAAAUAAUAAUUCUUGUUAAUUAUAAUCCUUUCAUUUAUAAUAUCUUCAUUAUCUCCAGAAUGUUAAUAUUUUUAAUCUAAGGAUACUAUUUUUAUAGUUUCCUUUUACAUGAUUUAAGUUGAAAUAAAAAUUAUAUCAUUACAUUUUGAACGAUAUCUGAUAUAGAGUAUUAGUAUUAUAUAAAAUUUUUACACAUUUCUGCUGAAUGUAGCUUAUUUAAAUGGGAUAUAAUCAUAAUUAAGGGAUAAAAUGACUAUAAACGAAAUAUUUCUUUUGUAUAUUUUGAGAAGAAAAACACUAGAAAAUGUUAAAUUUUGAUAGCUUUAGAUUUAUAUAUAUAUACUUUUAUUUGUAUAUUUUUAUAUGAAAUUUCUUUCUUAUCAUUAUUAUUAUUAUAAUUAAUAUUAUUAUAAUUAUAAUUGUCACUAAUUGUAUAUAAGGUGCAUUUGCAUUAAUAGGACAAUUUCAGUUAUUAAAAAGAUUUGUAUAAUUAUGCCACGAGUACAAGUCCUUCAGAAAAUUUAUAUGUAAAUCAAAAAUUGCAAAAUAUCUACAUAAAUAUACAGUAUCAUAAUUAUCAGUGUGCUACAAUUCAUUAAAGAGAAUUUAAAAUCAUGCUUAAAAUGCAAUAGAUUCUAUUUGAAAGUAUCUUUUAUGUAGCAUCCGUCCCCAGCUUCAAGGCAAGAGCACAAAUUUGUUGCAUAGUAGAAUUCAAAAUAUUGUUUUGAUGUAUGCAUUUCUUAAUAAAUUAUGCUGAUAUUUUAUAUUAAUUGAAUAAAGUUUUUCAUAGUUUUUUUUUUUAAUAAUAUCUAUUACUGUACAUAUAGAAACAAUGUUUAUGUAUUAUAUGGAUAUUGUGCUAAGUAUAUUCAAUUUUUCAUCCAUUAUAGUAAAUAAAUGCAGUAAAUGAACACAAUGCAAUGCAAUUAAAUCAAAUUUAGUUUCAAUAGUUAUGCAAGUCGUAAGUAAUUUUCAAACAAAUAUUUUUAUUGUACAUUCAUUAGUAUUUCUGUAAAAAAGAAAAGAUGAAAUAAAAGAAAAAGACAAAAGAGAUAUGUUACUUAUUAUAAUUUGUACACAAUUAAUUUAAUCUGAGAACAGCUUAGCACACUGACCACAUUUAAAGAAGUAAUUGAUAUCAUUCCAUAAGAGAAAAUAUUAUUAAUAAAUCCUUUUAUACUUUUAUAUAUUAUCACAAUUAAAAAAUUAAUGUAAGAUUUUUAUGUAAAAAUACGUUGAAAUUCUAUGAAAUAUUAAGACUUCCAUUCGUAAAUUUUUGCAAAUGAAUAAUAUGUGACAAUAAUAGUCUUAAGUAAAAGUAACAAAAUUUUCCAAUUUCAUGGUAAUGUUUUACUAUUUUUACACAAUUUUUUUCAAAUUUACAAUAAAGUUAAAAUUUGAAAUAUAACUAGGUCAAAGAUAUAUUUAAGUUAAAAAAUAAUUACUUACAUACUAUAAUUUUGAUGGAAAACGUUGUCUUCCUUUAGAAACGAAUAUUGUAGAUCAUAGGCUAUUUACUAUUACAUACAUAAAGCAACGAUGAAAUAAUAAUGUCCGUGUGGUAUUAAUAUGCAGUUUUAUAGAAACUUGCUUCGUAUAAAAUAUUUUUAUAUCACAUGCACAUAUUUUAAACUAUUUUAUGUUUUAUAUUUAAAAAUUAAUAUUUUUAUUAUCAACAUGCAUACAUGUCAAAAUUUUCGAUCAUUUAUAGGAUACAGAUUAAUUACUUCAAAUUAAUUAUAUAUAUGUUAUAUAAUAUAAAUUAUAAUUUUUUUGAUAUGAUGAAAGAAAUGCUAUUAUUAUUUUUGUCUACAAUCUUUGUAGACAAAAUCUUUUUUGCUAAUAAUUUUUGUAUAAAAAAAUGAAAUGCAUGUUAUUGUAUUUGGUUUUAUUUUCAAAGUUUAAAUUGUUUAAUAAUUUUAAUGAGUGUAUGGGAAUGAGUAUGUGAAGACUAUUUUAUUUUCAUUGCUUAAUGCACAUGAAAUUGUAGAUUAAAUAAUAUAUUUUUUUUAAAUACAAUAAUGAUGUAUAGUGUUCCAAAUAUGUAUUGAUGGAGAAUUUUAAUAUACAUAUAUCAAAGUAACAUAUUCUUUGACUCAAGUGUAUAUAUUAUUUGCAUAAUAUCUUAAAUAUUGAUUUUUUUAUUCUAUUAUUAAUGCUGGUAUUAAAUGUUAUUAAGCAAUGGAACUUUGAUAUAAUCAAACUGUUAUUAUAAUGUGUAUAUAUUAUUAUUAUUAUUAUUAUU